CAAGAGCAUUCAAAGCACCCGUCGCCAUCGAGUCCCGGGCGCAUUUAUCAGUCCUGUUGCCUCAGAACAGACUGUUUCACUUCGGAUUUCAUAAGUAUGAUAUACCCUUAUCGACGCGACUCUUAUAGUGUGCAGAAAGGAGCGAUUCCCUCCCUCGACGUCUUUCCCCGGACCCCUGAAAGUUGCCUAAGGACAAGAUGGACUCGAGAGCCAGCGCGAUGAAUUGCGAGAUUUGCCGCCGGCAGCAUCACCCGCAAAGGCUGCCUUUCUUCUGUGCUUUGGAUGCACGAAAUGUGCUGUAUGAAGGUCGGAUAAUGAAUGCUCGUGUACUCAUGGAGAUGGAAGAGUUGGAACAACGAGUCAACAACCUCUUGCUCGACAGCCAGCCUGACUCUGCGACGCCUGCUUCGAAUCGCAACUCUUUUACUUACGUUGAGAACUGUGUUUCAGAGACGCAGAAAGCGAAGGAAAGAACUGCGCAAAUCAUCGCCGUGGCAGACAAGCUAAAAGAAGAGGUGAAGAAGGCCAGGGAAGAGAUCAAGGAGCGCAAAGAAAUCAUAGCACGCCGAAAGUCGGAUCUCGCGUCAGUAUCACAGGGGAUAGAACCCCGAAGGAACAGAGAGCUUGAGGAGACCAAGAAGGCCAUCCGCAUGAUCAAGUAUACCUGGGACCGUGAAUACGAAGCAAUGAUCCAAUACCGGGCGGCGCUAUGUACCGAAGUUGCCAAAUUGUAUCGAUUGCAACGGGUUAGACAUGGGAAUCCCGUGCGAUUUGAAUAUAAGAUUGGCGGAAUCGACGUUCUAGAUCUCGAUCACUUAAAUAAAGGCACACCACCGGAACAGAUCUCGGCAUCACUUGCACACGUUACGCAUCUUCUCUGGCUGACAUCCCAUUAUCUCUCCAUUCGACUACCAGCCGAGAUAACUCUCCCACACAACGACUAUCCCCGGCCUACCGUCUUCUCGCUGGCAUCUUCGUAUCGCCAUGGCCAGGUGCCAUUUCCAGGCACAACUCCUUUGCCCCAGGAUCCCCGAGAUCGACGACCCCAAAGUCCUCACCCGCGUCCUCUUUUCUUGGACAAGCCUCUCUCGAUAUUGGCCAAAGAGGAUGCACAGACAUACACCUCCUUUUUGGAGGGCGUGUGUCUACUAGCCUACAAUAUUGUCUGGCUUUGUCGCACACAAGGUAUUUCUGUUGGCGAUAAUUCCUCCAACAUCUUUGAAGAUUUCGCCUCCAUGGGUCGUAAUCUGUACAAUCUCUUGAUAGGAUCAUCUCGAAACCAACAGCCACCGACACUGGUUUCAGAAGCGAACACGUCAGCUGGCCGCAACGGCGCAACGGUCAGCGGUGACGCAGCGGAUAUUUCUAAACCCAUACCGAGGAUGGGUGCAUUCUCUCACGGCACCUCGCACACUUUCUUAUCUGGCACCGCAGGCCAGGAGUUCACCCGAACCUUCCGACUGCCGAACCCCGUCAAGUUGGCCGACAAGCUGAAGGCGCGUCUCGUGAACGAGGCGCUGGUGCCGGAAUGGGAAUUGAUUGAGGACGAGGAGCUGGGUCCCAAUGAUCUCGACGACGGGGUAUUUGUGGGCGGAACCCCUCAGUUGAGACUGAAGGGUCAAAAGUUCGGUCUGGAAAGUUACAUGAGCGUCAAUACCGUUAGGGGCGGUGGCGGCGGCGUUGGCGAGGCUAAGAUCCCGAGUGACGGUGUGUCACAGAAAGAUAGGGAGAAGGGCACGAGUGGAUGGACCAAGAUCAGAUAGGACGUUAGAUCUUUGAGGUUGAUUAGGCUAUAAUAUUAAUGCACAUCAGCCGGCAACGA